AUGGCCUCCAGCCUGGAUAAACUAAGUCAAAAUUUAACAUCACAGCAGUGUCGCGAGGUUAGAAAGUAUUUCCCUAACGAAGAAGAAUUUAAGGUUAUUCGUAUGAAGGGUGUUUUCCCAUAUUCGUACGUAGAUUCUUUUUCCAAAUUAGACGAUACCAAGCUUCCACCCAUUGAUGGUUUCUAUAACGAGCUUAGAAAAGAAGCCAUCAAACAAGGAGAUUACGAGCGUGCAUUGAACGUAUGGAAUUUAUUUAAAUGUCAAACUUUAGGCGAAUAUUCAGAUAUAUAUUUAAAAUCCGACGUACUAUUAUUAACUGAUGUUUUUGAGAAUUUUAGAGAGGUGUGUCUACAAACAUACGGUCUAGAUCCUUGUCAAUACUUCACCGCACCAUCUCUGUCCUUUGACGCGGCUUUAAAAACUACAUCUAUCGAGCUGAAAUUAUUGACAGAUCUAGACAUGAUACAUUUCUUUAAACACGGGAUUCGCGGCGGUGUCAGUCAAUGUAGUGUUAGAAAAGCUAUCGCGAAUAACAAAUUUAUGUCUAUAUACGACGCUUCCAAACCUACUUCCUACAUUAUGUACUUGGAUGCUACCAAUUUAUAUGGUGCAGCCAUGUCGCAAUAUCUACCAACAGGUAACUUUACGUGGCUAACAGAAGAAGAAAUUUCAAACUUAAAUUUUAUGAAUAUCGAUAAAAAUUCUAAUAUAGGUUAUGUUUUUGAAGUCGAUUUAGAGUAUCCGGAGCAUUUACAUGAUUUACACAACGAAUUACCCUUUUGCCCAGAGUCCGUUCAACCAGAGGGAUCUAAAGUUUCAAAAUUAAUCCCCAAUUUUAAUUCUAAAGUUAGAUAUGUAAUUCAUUAUCAAAAUUUACAACAAGCGUUGAACCAUGGUCUGAAACUUGCCAAAAUUCAUCGCAUUUUAUCAUUUAAUCAAUCUCCCUGGUUGAAAACCUACAUUGAUCUAAAUACAGCAAAGCGUAAUAACGCUGAAAAUAAGUUUGAAAAAGAUUUUUUCAAACUUAUGAAUAACGCCGUAUUUGGAAAAACAAUGGAGAACGUGGAGAAACGGGUAAAUAUUAACUAUAUUAAACCAAAGUACGGUAAUAAAGCUUCACUACUCUACACUGACACCGAUUCUCUAAUAUUACAAAUUCAAACCGAUAAUUUUUAUGAUGACAUGCGCGAAAAUUUAGAUAGAUUCGAUACGUCAAAUUACUGGCAAAACAACCCACAUAAUAUUCCUGUAAAUUCGUCUGUGUUGGGCCGUAUGAAGGAUGAAUAUGCAGGAAAAAUUUUGUGGGAGUUUUAUGGAACUGGGGCUAAAGCAUAUUGUGUAAAUGUGGAUGGUGAGUUAACGAAAAAGGCCAAAGGCGUGCCUGACUACAUCACCAAACAAGAUAUUAGUUUGGAUGAUUAUAAAAACACGGUCGAUGUAGCAGUACAAGAACAUAUUUCUAGUCUAUGA